CGUAUCGCGCCGCACAUAACCGCUCCUAUUCUUUACUGAGCAGCCGAUCGAAUUGGACCACGCGCUCGCUCACGCACGAGCUGGAAAUUUGACAGCCGCCUCUGCAUGUGCGCUGGCGUACAACGCACGGCACAUGGCGAAGACGCCCGCUACGAUAUAUAUAUAGCAUAUAACUCUGCUGCAGACUGCAGUACGCACGGGAUCGACGAACGAACGAACUUGGCGAAGGUUGCGAUUGCACUACGCUGCUCAAUAGUAUAUAUACCUAUAGGUAUAUAAUACCUAUAUAUAUAUAUUCGACUGCACUGCUGCUGCUGCUGCGAAACAGUGACAGAGUUGCAUCAGGCCCACGUGCACGUGCUCGAAGCAACUUCGAUCUCGUGGCCGUCCAAGGCCCAACCUCUCUCUGUCCAAGACCGAAUUUAUAAUUAGACGAGAUAAUUGAAUCUCUCGUUGCAUAAUUCAUCUGUUUAUUGCAUAUAAAUCCAAAACCGGACAAAAUGGAUAGCAGUAGUGAUAGUGACUUCGACGAUGAUCCAGAUAAUAUUGAAGUUCCUGGAGGUGGUGCGAGUCUUGCCACGUUGAAACAAUUAGAACAAGUGAGCAAUAAUUAUGUAGAUGCUCCUCCUUUCAAUAUAGGGGAGCAACAAUUGGAAACAGUGAACAAUGGUUGUGUCGAUGCUCCUCCUCUCAAUAUAGGAGUGCAACAAUUGGAAACAGUGAACGAUAAUUGUGUUAAUGUUCCUCCUCUCAAUAUAGGAGUACAACAAUUGGAAACAGUGUACAAUAAUUGUGUUAACGCUCCUCUUGAUGUAGGAUUGAAACAAUUGGAAAAAGUGAAUAAUAAUUGUGUCACUGCUCCUGUAAUUUCAGGGAAUAGCAAUGGUAUAUUUUUCAAAAAUAUACCCAGAACUUUGCCAGAUAAUAAGUUAAAAAUUACAUUGAAACCAGUGACAUCAAAAGUCUUGCCAAGCAUUGGCUCUGUAGGCAGUUUUACAGGUAAAACUGUUAACAUUGAUGGUAAAACUAUAAAGCUUGCAACAAACAGCAAGCCUAUUAUGCUUAAUGUGGCAGGUAAAACUUUAACACUUGCAGGAAAGCCAAUUAACUUGGGCAACCACAAACUGAAGCCCCUUGGUGGAAAGGCAAUUUUCAAUAUCGUUAACAAAUCCUCAGUUUUACAACCCCAAAAUCUUCCUCAACAACCUCAAAUUCGUAUCCAACAGACUCUAAAUCAUCUUCAAACACAGCAAAUUCGUAUUCAACAACCUCAAGUUCGUAUUCAACAACCUCAAGUUCGUCUUCAACAACCUCAAAUUCGUCCUCAACAAUCUCAAAUUCGACUCCAACUACCUCAAACUCGUCCUCAACAAUCUCAAAUUCGUCUUCAACAACCUCAAGCACGUCCUCAACAAGCCCAAGCUCGUUUGCCAGCCGCUCAAGCUACUGCUGCAAUUAAUCCAGCAUUAUUCGAAGAGGAAGAAGAAGAAGAGAUGGCAGUGGCUGAAACAUAUGCAGUCUACAAGCCAUCUAAGCUUAAUUGUAAGAAUAGACAUCCAGAUCCUGUAGUAGAAACAUCAACAUUAGCAAGUGUAGAACCUGUAGAUAUAACUUAUAAACUAUCGAUACCAGAAAGAAAUUUAUCUUCACUGCAAUUAGAAUCUAUAACAUAUGCUUCUCAGCAGCAUGAACAUUUGUUACCCGAUCAAUCAAGGGCAGGAUUUUUCAUUGGCGAUGGAGCUGGUGUUGGCAAAGGUAGAACAAUUGCAGGAAUCAUAUACGAAAAUUAUCUGAAGGGUAGAAAAAAAGCCAUUUGGGUAUCUGUAUCUAAUGAUCUUAGAUAUGAUGCUGAACGUGACUUGAAGGAUAUUAAUGCACCUAUACCUAUUCAUGUACUCAAAACAUUUAAAUAUAAAAAAAUAGAACACCAAUAUGGUGUAAUAUUUAGCACUUAUUCAGCUCUUAUAGGCGAGCAGAAUCAACAAAAUGGGUAUGCUAAAAAUCGUUUGAAGCAAUUAGUAGAAUGGUGUGGAAAAAAAUUUGAUGGACUUAUUAUUUUUGAUGAAUGUCACAAAGCCAAAAAUCUCUUUCCUGCUGGAGGAGGUAAAUCGACGAAAAUUGGAAAAGCAGUACUAGAUUUACAAAAUGAUCUGCCAGAUGCAAGAGUUGUUUAUGCCAGUGCCACUGGAGCAACUGAACCCAAAAAUAUGGCUUACAUGGUUCGUCUAGGCCUGUGGGGUAAAGGAACACCUUUUCGUGAGUUUUCUGAUUUUAUCACAUCAAUAGAAAAACGUGGCGUUGGAGCUAUGGAAAUUGUGGCAAUGGACAUGAAACUUCGGGGCAUGUACAUUGCGCGACAGCUAAGUUUUCGUGGAGUUUCAUUUGAAAUUAAGACGGUGGAAUUGACAAAAGAAUUUGAAAAAAAUUAUGACAAAGCUGUUGAACUCUGGGUAGAUGCAAGACAGAAAUUUGAAGAGGCAUUCAAUCUUUUAGAUGCAGAGCACAAUAUGAAAAAGACUGCUUGGGGUCAAUUUUGGGCUUCUCAUCAACGUUUCUUCAAAUACAUGUGCAUUGCUGCAAAAGUUGACUGUGCUGUGAAGAUCGCACUUACUUCUAAGACAUUAGGCAAAUGUGUUGUUAUUGGUCUACAAUCAACUGGUGAAGCUAAAACACUAGAACAAAUUGAUAAAGAUGAUGAACUUAAUGAUUUUGUUUCAUCUGCUAAAGGAGUUUUAGAAUCUUUGGUGACAAAGCACUUUCCAGCUCCAAAUAGAAGUCAUAUAAAUAAAAUUCUUGAAAAAAAUGAAUUACUUAACAAAAUAAAAAGUAGUACUCCGAAAGCGAUCAAAAGAGCAGCAUCACCAAUUAAAACACCAAAAAUUGAUUCUCCUAAAAAAAUUUGUCUUGACAGCUCAGAGGAAGAAGCAGAACUUGUAAAUUCUGAUGACGGUUCAGAUAGCAAAGAAGAUUCAGAUUUCAAUGAUUCAGAUGAUGACAAUUAUUUUGGUAAAAAUUCUGAUUCUGAUGACGAUGAAGAAUUUUGGAUGGUUAUAAGAAAGAAGAAAAAGAAACAAAAGAAAAAGAAGAAACUAAAAUCAAAAAAAUCUAGUAAUAAGACAGAUGUAAAUACAAAACCUAAAGAAGAAUUAUCGACUAACGAAUAUUUGAAUAUGAUAACAAAAGUGCAAAGGCCCACUAUUCAACAACCAACCAAAGUUAUACCACCCACGCCACAGCCAAGAAAUACGUCACCAAAGCUACAGCUACAAGAUACAUCACCAAAGGUCAAUAAUCGAGAUGACAACAUUAAUCGAGCUUGUCAAAUGAAGGACGAGCUAUUGAAAAAAAUUGAACAACUUGGUCCUGCACUUCCACCAAACACACUGGAUCACUUGAUCAAUGAACUCGGAGGGCCUGAAAAUGUUGCUGAAAUGACAGGUCGCAAAGGCAGAGUGGUUCAAUCGGAAAAUGGCGCAAUUUACUUCGAAUCGAGAAAAGAGAGCGAGUGCUCGUUGGAAAAUUUGAACGUGUACGAGAAGGACGAAUUCAUGAACGGCAAUAAACAGGUGGCCAUCAUAUCCGAAGCAGCGAGCAGCGGCAUAUCUCUUCACAGCGACAAUCGAGCCGCGAACAAGCGGCAACGCGUGCACAUAACUCUGGAGUUGCCUUGGAGCGCCGAUCGCGCCAUUCAACAGUUCGGCAGGACUCAUCGAUCGAAUCAAGCCAACGCGCCCAAGUACAUCUUCCUGAUCUCGGAUCUGGCGGGCGAGCGCAGAUUCGCGGCCACGGUGGCCAAGCGACUCGAGAGCUUGGGAGCUUUGACGCACGGCGACAGACGCGCAACCGAAUCGCACGAUCUGUCGCAGUUCAACAUAGACAAUAAGUACGGCCGAAGGGCGCUGGAGGUGACCAUGAGAUCAAUCAUGGGUAAGGAGAAGUCACUCGUACCGGAACCGAAGGACUAUCCGAAUUUUUUCCAGGAGGCCAAGAUCGGUCUCUUGGGCGUUGGUCUGGUCACGAUGAACAGAUUCGGAUCGAACGUCGAGUACCUUCUCGAUAAGGAUUACGGCAACAUGUCGAAAUUCUUGAACAGAAUUCUCGGCCUGCGCGUGAGGCUGCAAAACACCCUCUUCCAAUACUUCAUGGACACGCUCCAGGAAAUAAUCCUUCAAGCCAAACGCGCCGGUGAAUUCGACCAGGGAAUCUUGGAUCUCGGCGGCUCGUGCAAGCGAAAAGAGCUGGUGAGGUAUUACCGCAGACACUCUACCGGUGUAUCGCCCGCCGAGCUUCACACUCUGGAAAUGGAGAAAGGUAUGAGCUGGGCCGACGUGUUGAACAAAAUUCAUCACGAUCUCUACACGACUUCCUACGACUUUUACGUGAGUCGAGUGUCGAGCAACGGCAAGUGCGACGUGCAACUGGCCGUGUCCACGGACGGCUACGACACGAGGUGGCCGAAAACGAAAAAGAAUCAGAUAAUCUAUCAUCCGAGCGUGGGUAGAAAAGCCCGCAACGACUCGAUCGCCGAUCUGGAGAAGAAAUACCGCAAGGCCGACGUCCAGGAAGCCAAGAAGCACUGGGAACUGCUGUACGAGGGCUCGAAAACCAUGUGCCGUCACGUGUAUUACAACGGCAGCUGCAAGCGGCCCCAGGAGUGCGAGGUCGGCCGUCGCCUCAAGACCUACCACGUGCUGUCGGGCUCGGUGCUCAGCGUCUGGAGCCAGAUCGAGCACGUCCUGUCCAGCCAGAGUCAGAACAACGGCCACCACCACGGCCUGGGCGGCUACGAGCGAGACUCGCGCAUCCAGGUGCUGCGGCUGCAGACCGACGACGAGAAGAAGAUCGUGGGCACGGUCGUGCCCAAGUCGCGGCUCGCCGCCAUGCACCAGAUCCUCCAGGACGGGGCCGUGAACAUCGAGCGUGAGAAAUUUUAAGCAAGGGACCCCCCGCUCUAUUGUAAGAAAAUAUCACUUUAGCAUUAGUUGCUAAUUGUUCGGUUCUGUUUAUUUGUAUCGUUAGACAAAGACAGACAAAUUUGUGUUACCUGAAAACAUUUUACUACUAGUACAAUUAUCCUUUUUUAUUUGAAAGUUAGUUUUUAAAAAUAUUUGAGUAUUCGUUCGGCAUUGAUUUCGGGCAUUUAUCCGAGCCCCCCACUAUACAAAAAACUGUUUGUAAUUUAAUUUUUUUUUUAUCAUGGCUUGUGUGCCUGUUGAAUGAGUACUGAAAAUAAAUGACAUUUUUGAUAUAAUCAUGAGUUUCUAUUGUGUAACUUUUAUAUCCGUUUCUUUCAACCUUUUUGACAAUCUAUUCAUGUGUAUUAUAAUUGAUAAUUUGUACAGCUACGAUUGCUGGCCGUCGCUAACAUUCUUGUAACUUCAAGAUGCCACUGAAAAAAAAUUAAUUGACAGAGAUAAGGACUCUAUAGAAGCACGGGCGCCUGUAUCGCCGCAACAAUUAUCUGCAAUGUACAUUUUUAUACAAUAUACUGCUGCAGCUAGAACUC